AUGCUCACGGGGCCUGGAUGGCUAGGCGGUGGGCGCCGGUCCAGCGCUCCCCGGGGACCGCUUCGGCGGUCACGGUCGACGUCGAGAUGGAUGACCUCCGCAAUGUUGCUUGGGAUAUUGUCGCUACGCUCGAUUUUCCAUGAAGACCAACAUGAUGAGGCUACGGAACAUACAACAGAAAUGUUUCUCGACAACAGAGGAAUUCUCCUUAAUAAAUGA